UUGUUCGAUCGCGUGCUGUGGAUCGUUGUUCAAUCAAUCCUCUCAGCUCUGUAUAAGAUAUUUAUCAUCCAACUUGUCAUACCAAGAAAUUUUUACAAUUUUUACGUGCUCCUUCAUUCACCGACGUUAUAACCACUCCUUGCAAAUCAACCUGUGAUAAUUUUACAGCACGACUAUCAUGCUUGCCUUGGUCACCACGACAGCCCUUGCGCUGGCUUCUCCUGUCACCCUAAAGAGUCCUCCAUCUUUGCUUUCCACAAGCCAGCCUCUUUCAUCUCCAUAUUUAGCAUCAGCAUGGUCCCCCGAUAACUCAUCUCUUUAUCUUGCCUCUCCCUUUAGCAUCGAUUGCUUCAUAAUCUCUCAAAGCCGAUUGGAUGAGGCCAUAUACGUGCAGUCCGAGGAGGAAGGAGAGAUAAAUACUAUGGCAGUAACUCCAUCAGGAAACGUAGUACUUGGUGUCGGGAGGAAGGUGAUUGUACUGGAAUGUGCAACUGGAUCAGCAAAAGUGCUCAAAACGUUUGAAUCCCAUGGAACGACAAUUACCGUGCUGUCUGUGUCAAACGACAGUACGCUCAUGGCUUCUGCAUCUUCAAAGGGCGUGCAUAUUCACGAUCUACUCGUCUCUGCCAAGCAUACAUCUCUCCCCCUCCCCACCCAUGCUCCAAGGUCUGUGAGUACCAUGACAUUCCAUCCCCAUAUUCGAACCCGCCUCCUUCUUGGUCUCGGCUGUGAUAUACUGGUUUACGACGUGGACAAGCCUUCCGCGCCUGUGAAAUCUAUCAGCAUUGGACGGGAUGUAGUAGGCAUCGCGUGCAGCCCGUUUAGCAAGACGCUGGUUGCUGUUGCAGGCACAGAUAGCGUCUGCCUUGUUGAUUUGGACAAGGAUAAGGAUAAGGGGUUAUUCAAGACAGUCUUGUCCCCGCAGCUCAUUACCUCGAUCACAUUUUCACCCGAGGGUGCAGCUAUCUACCUUGGUAUGCGAGAUGGGCUGAGGAUUCUCAAUCUCAGAGAACUGGACAAGGAGAUGAAGAGGGUUUCUGUGGGCGAGGCUGGACAAGGAGUAGUAUGUCUCGCUGUUCAGCAGAAAAAGCUAAAAGCGUCUGCGUCUGCGUCUGCUGUUAAACCAAGUAUUUCCAAUCCACCAGCAAACUUCUCUCCUGCACGUGCUCGCGCCAAAGUAGCUUCAAACGUUCGUUCUCCCCUUCGACCUGUGACAGCUGCUGUACCAAAAAAGAAUGGGAUAUCGUCAAUUAAAUCAUCCAUUGCUGGGUCACCUAAGCAGGAUUCUCUAGAGACUAGUACGCCGAUCAGGCGUGUCUCAAAUCGGGGUGCUUUCUCGACAUCGAGGAAUCCUAUAUCACCGCAUGGUGGCAGAGGUACCAAUAGUUCUGCGACUGGCGUACUACGCACUAGUGUGGAUACAUCACGGGAAAACAUCUUUAAUCAUGUAGGUGACACCCCAAUGCGAUCGAAUACACGGGCCGCAUCUUCUCAAAAAUCGGGGCUUUCGGAUAUCCAUGCGCAUCCUGCCGAGUCGAUCUCUGCUAGACUGGCCUCUAUGCGCACAGAUAAAACGAGAGAGACGAAGGUUGCUUCCGGAUCAUCUGCCCGUUCUGAGAUUACAAGGACGUCGUCGAUAUUAGGUGUCGGCACGAAAACCAAAGGGUCUUCGUUAAAGCGCGCCUCAUCGACAAUAUCGAUAUCUUCAUCCAAGACGAGGAACAGCGCUCGUUCAAAGACGCCCACCAAUGAAGACGAGGAUGCACGUACAAACUUCUCGUCUCCAGAUUUGCCGAUAGACCCCGUAACUCCCGUGUCUAACAUGAAGAGGCAGACGGUGGAAAUAGCUAUCGAAGGCCAGAAACCAAGGGUAAGAACAAGUGCAGGGAGAACGAGAACAGAGAUGAGGAGCACAGGGCUUGGUGUUGUUGGUAUCGCAACGUCCAAGGGAAGUAAGAAUAAAGGAAAAGAGAAAAAGGUCAAUGUGUGUGCGGAAGAUGCUGGCAAGUGUGAGUUAGGCGCCGUGGAAGAAGACGAAGAGGUGCAAAUUGCCCACGAGCGCGAGCUAUCGAUGCAAGUUUCUCCUCGCCGACCCGUGGCACAGACCUGGGUUCCAUCACCACUUAGGCGAAACUCAGGCGCGUUCCCUAUGCAAUCUGGUGCAGGUGGGGCAUACGAGCUCUUCCGGGGGCUCAUCGCAGAUAUGCAGACCAAGAACCACGCAGACAUAAAAGCGCUACACGUUGACAUGCUGCGAAUGGGGCGCGGGCUUCGGCAGGAGAUGGAGGGGUGGGGUGAGGAAGUGAAAAAAUUGAGGGAGAAUGUGAAGUUGCGGGAAGAAAAUGAUAGGCUGAGGAGAGGGUACUGAGCAUCCCUCAGGUUGAUUUUUUGGGAGAUGGACCGCUGUAGUAUAGCCAGUAGAAUGUUGUACGAUCCUUUCUUCCCGCUUCUCUCCAAUCCACUGAACAAUUUGACGGAUCUGACCGGGUUCUGUACGCCUAGAACAGACUAUGCAUGGCACCAUACGAGCCAGUGCAUGAUGGCGAAAUUGACCUUGUAUUUAUACGACCGACAAAUUUCAGUGACUGCCCACACGAGC